AUCCACUCUUUAACUUGGUCAUCGCCCUCCUCGCGAGAUUUCAGCGGAGAAACAUGGCGGCUGCAAUGGACGUAGACACCCCGAGUGGGACAAACAGUGGAGCCAGUAAGAAGCGCUUCGAGGUGAAAAAGUGGAAUGCAGUGGCUCUCUGGGCCUGGGAUAUUGUGGUGGAUAAUUGUGCCAUCUGCAGAAAUCACAUUAUGGACCUCUGUAUAGAGUGCCAGGCCAACCAGGCUUCAGCUACAUCAGAGGAGUGCACAGUGGCCUGGGGAGUGUGUAAUCACGCGUUUCAUUUCCACUGCAUCUCCCGCUGGCUGAAGACGAGGCAGGUGUGCCCUCUGGAUAACAGGGAAUGGGAGUUUCAGAAGUAUGGGCACUAAACACCAGGAUCAGCUAGAACUUUCUCAGCUGAUUGCUUCACCAUGUUCAACAGUCUGUGUUUAUUCAGCACUUUGCUUUUUGCUGAAAAUCUGCCUGCAUGUUAACUGCGCAGAGUAGUUUUAAGUUAGCUUAAAAGGUUGUUUUUGAUAAGUUGAUCGAGAAUUGUUGUAAAUUAUAAAUAAAAGUGUCUGUUCAUCAUUCCUGUUGAGCAUUA